CUCACGCCCUGGCACCCGGGCUGUGGCCGCGGUGAGACUACAAGUCCCAAGGUGCUCGGCGCGACCACCUGGAGGGCGGGGGGUACGAAAGCGGAACCCAAGGGGCGCCGGGGCCCCAGACCUGGCCGUGAGACUCGGGGCUGCGCGGAGCUGGAUGCCUGCAGCUCGCGUUCUGUGGGGCCAGGCCAGGUCCCCCGCCCCACGCCCGCCCGGCAGCCCGGCGCCCUCUCUGCUGCAGACCCUGCGCACUGGGACAUGGCGCUCCCGCGCGCCGUCCUCCUGGCCGGCCUCCUGGCGGAAGUUGCCAGCAAGUCCUCGGACAGCGCGGGCCAGCAGUCCAGGUGCUGUGUGGACGUGGCGGACGCCAACACCACCUGCUCCGGCACGAGCCUCUGUGGCCCAGGGGGCCCUCGAGUGGCAGCCUCCCUCUUCCUGGGGACCUUCCUCGUCAGCUCGGGCCUCAUCCUCGCCGUGGCCGGGUUCUUCUACCUCAAGCGCCGCAGUAAACUGCCCCGGCUCUGCUACGGGAGGAACAGAGCCCCCGCCCUGCAGCCCAGCGAAGCCGUAAGUCACGUCUGUGCCCGUGUCUGUCCCGUGUCUGUCCCUCCGUGCGGCACCCCCGGUCUCACUAACGAGGAGACUACCUGA